GACAAUGCGGGAACCAGAUCGGUGCCAAGUUCUGGGAAGUCAUCGCCGAUGAGCAUGGCAUUGACCCAACAGGUACCUAUCAUGGCGACUCUGACCUCCAGCUGGAGAGGAUUAACGUCUACUUCAACGAGGCCACUGGAGGUCGCUACGUGCCCCGUGCGGUCUUGAUGGACCUUGAGCCAGGCACGAUGGACAGCGUCCGUGCUGGACCAUUUGGCCAGUUGUUCCGUCCUGACAAUUUCGUGUUUGGUCAGACCGGGGCAGGAAAUAACUGGGCUAAAGGACACUACACCGAAGGUGCCGAGUUGAUCGACAGUGUGUUGGAUGUGGUGAGGAAAGAAGCAGAAGGCUGCGAUUGCAUGCAGGGGUUCCAGCUUUGCCACUCCCUUGGUGGAGGCACUGGAGCCGGCAUGGGCACCCUCCUGGUGUCCAAGGUGCGCGAGGAAUACCCGGACCGCAUCAUGGAGACGUUCUCUGUGAUUCCGUCACCAAAGGUUUCCGAUACGGUCGUGGAGCCAUACAAUGCAGUUCUGAGCUUCCACCAGCUCGUGGAGAACUCCGAUGAGUCCUUCCUCUUGGAUAACGAG